GCGUUGCAGACGGCGUGAGUAUCGUGUUGGGGUGUACAUACAUGUAGGCAGUCCUCCCUGGGGGUCAGGCUGAGAAAGACGCGCCUGUUCUCUCACGGGCGGCCUCCCGGAUUUUUAAGCGGCCUGCUUCCCAUUCCCACGACCAACUGGAACAACCGGAAGGCCAUACCAUCUCUCACUCGCAACACUCCCAGUAACGAUAGAACCACCAAUGGACGCAGCAGCAGAGCCGUCGCUGACGGUGUACCCGGAAAAGGACCUGACCUUCUCGCCGCCUUUCACCACAACGGUCAGGAGGACGCUCACCGUCUCGAACGUCCAUCCAACCGCGGCUGUUGCGUUUAAGAUCAAGACUACUGCCCCCAAACAAUACUGCGUGCGACCCAACAGCGGCCGCAUCCCCGCCGGCGGCGUCGUCGAAGUCCAAGUCCUCCUCCAACCCACAAAAGAUGACCUCAGCGUCACCACCAAGAACCGCGACAAAUUCCUCGUGCAGGGGAUCAAAGUCCCCUCGGACGUCAUGACCCUCGAAGGGGACGACCUGGUCGCUCGGCUCGCGGAUCUAUGGAGCCAGGCCGAGUCGUUGAAGAAGACGAGCCCGGAGGCUGCGGCGCAGGUGUUGAUUGAGAAGAAGCUGCGGUGUGUGUUUGCGCCUAUCACGUCGCCGGGGGCGGGACAUGCGGUUAUUCACGAGGAGGAGGAGAUUGCUGUGGGGAGGAAGGAGACGGUGUUUUCGAAUGCGAGUGCGAAUAGGGUGUCGAGCAGCGAUGGGGAGCUGAACGCGGGUGUUGGAACCCCAGCCGUUUCUGGGCGGGAUGUCACUACGGAGUUUGCCGAGCCGACGCCGUCAUCACAACUGCCAGCAGCAGCCCUACCUGCGCUACCGGCACAAACCCCAUCCGCCUUCCCCGCUCACCCCCAAGGACAAAAACCCACCACCCCCCCAACCGGCCCCAUCUCCCCACCCACGCCGACCCCCCACCCCCCAAAACAAGCCCUUCCCGAACCCGACCCCGCCCUCCUCCACGAGCUCCACCUCGGCCGCGAAAAAAUCAAAACCCUACAAGCAGCGUGCGAGGGCUACAAACAGGAAAUCGACCGUCUCAACGCGCUCCGUCAGCGUCGUGAGAUUACCUCGUCGAGUUCGGCGUCGAGAGGACCCGCGGCGGGCGGUUUGGCGAUUGCACACACGCAAGCGGAGCAGGGCAUGAGCGCGGCGUUGGUGGUUGCGGUCGCAUUUGUUGGGUUUUUAUUGGGAGUGUUGUUUUUUUGAUUCGCUGUGGAGGGUAAAACAAUCGGUUUUCAACGGCAAAUCCCCUUACCAAAGCUCCGGAAAAUUGCGGCGCCGCCCAAACUCCCCUCUUUAACUCCCAUCCCUACUUCGUCAUAGUCAACCUAUCCUAGUCCCUCGCCUUCCCGCCAUAUAGUUUUCACCGUUGGGAAGUUCCAACCCAUCUAAUAUUUACCCUC